AUGCUGGCUUUGCUUAUGGGACUCUUUGAAGGGGCAAUUGUGGUCUCUGCCGCGCCUGGGUUAAACUGUUGUCUGGGCUUGUCCGUGACUCCGACUGAAAAUGAACAGGUGGAGAGACUUUGCCUCUGGCCCUUUCGUCGGUUGUCGCGUCGGCAAUUUCUCGACUCAUCAGCUUCCAGAUUUGGCAGUCAAGAUUCAUGCGAAUUCUCAGAGUCUCAUCGGCACAUCAGCAAUGCAGCGGAAGCAAUUGGGCCUCUGCUUUAUUUCCACAAAAGCCGAUAUACGCUAUUUGAGGAGACCCAUUCUCUUGUCCGUGCCUAA